UCUUCAGGGGCCCCACGAGGCCGUUGGCCAACAGUGCGUCUGCCCUGCCAUGAUUCACCCCCGUCCUUGCCCAGCGAGUUAGGCUGGCCAGAGACCCGGGCCGAGCCCCAUUGCCGGCACCCGGGCGGCCGUUUCAGUCAUAUAAAGACGCUUAGGUACUCGCAUCUUCUUUACCCCGAUUUCACCGGGGUGCCUGUUUCUCCCAGCCCGCGUGUCCCCUGGUUGUUUUCUUUCCAUCAAGACCUCGUAUACCCCAUUCUGCCUUCUUUCCUUCCGGGCGUCAAUGUCUCUGUCCCCUACUACUGGGAUGAGCAAGCUUUCUCUAGAGACCGGUUCGCCUGUCCACCGGGACCGUAGCCGGAUGCAGUCAGUUCACACCAGUCCCUCGGCUCCAGAGCCCGAUUCACCUUCGGACCCGAGUGAAUGGGAAGCAGAAGCGGACGACGAUGAUGACGAGACAGACAUUGUCUCGUCGCCAACGGGGCUCAAGUACAACAUCUCACGACUCUCCCCCCAGACUCGCCAAGUUGUCAGGGGGCUUUUCAACCAAGCGCCGGCCCAGGAACCGCCGCAAAUUUCACUGGAGCUGUGCGGCAUAAGAGAAGGAGAUCCCGAGGAGACGGGGCGCUUCUAUGCCUUUCAGAUGCACGAAGUUGUGCCCUGCUCCGUGAGGAUUGGCGCCCGAAACAGCGGCCGCUUCUCAACGCCCCGCUGCGAGUGUCCAGACGCUAGGGAUCGACAUGUCAGACCGUGCAAACAUCUCAUCUGGCUUUUUGACAAGAUCUCGAAGCAAGCGUUGUACGACCACGAUCCCGACUCGGAGCUCACGUUGACAGAGUUUGGAUUCCCCGAAGAACUUGGCGAUCCCUUUGAACAAAUCUCGCAAAUUCGGCUCGAUAUCCUAGCCGAUGGCUUACAUUGCGACAUGUCGGACCCCGAUAGUGACACAUCCCCUCCGAAUCGUGCUCGUAUCAGAGAAGCUCGAGAAAUGGUCGCCGCCGUGGCCGGAUUCCAGCCCUGGGAGACCGACGGUUUCCGACCCGACCUCGAGUCAACGUAUAACACCGCGACGUUGAUCCGCCGUGGCGACCUCGAAGCAAGUCUAUUCUCACUUAUGCUCGCUUCACACUCCCUUGCAGAGUGGGUCCGAUCUCAACUAAGUCCCCUCGAUGCGGCUGUCGACCCGUUUCGAAAUAUCCAGCAGCGCGUGGCCCGUAUCAUCGAUGAAUACUCGUUGGCUGUCCAAGCCCCAGGCAUAACUGCUCAAGACCUCAGACAAGAAAAAGCGGUAGAAGGUCCUCGAGAUGUUACCUGGGCCGCCACGCAGAUCCAAAACUGUGUGAGAAAGAUUGAAAAGCUCAUCUGCCGCCGUUCUGACCCCCUUAUCGGGUGGGCCCGUUCGUCAGCAGCACAGUCACUCGUGAGCAUCCUCAAGGCGGUCGUCGGCAAUCGACCCCUGUACUCGCGCUUGGUUGGAAGCCAGGACAGUGGCUUUGUCUAUUCCGCCCUAGAGCCCCUUGUUGACCAGAGCCAGUUUGUCGAGGAACUCGAAGGCAUCAUGGACACCAUUGGCGUUUACGGUGCCCCGCCCACCUAUGUAGCCAACAUGCGCGACUUGGUCACCCGCAUGCGCGGCCACAAAACCGAAGGCGGAAGUGCCGCAAGCGGCAGCGGCUUACCCCGGAGUGGGAAAACCCCUCCUCCCCUGGCCGACCCACCAGCGCCUUCUCGAGAUCCUGGCACCGGAAGUUCAACCGCGGUGCAGUUCCUUACGCCAGAGACACCGGCGAGCGCCGCUAGGCGCGGCAGCCAGAGCGCAAGGGGCGCUCGUGGCAGGGGCACUAGCAGGGGUUCGAAGCGGCCGGGCUCUCAGAGCGGCGACCAGGGAUCCGGUAGCUCCAAGAAAAGAGCUCGAGGAGCUUGAGGUUUGGAGAUGUGAUAGCUAGAGGGGAGUGAGCGAGAAGCAGGUUGAGGCGCAGGGCUGGUCCCCUGUGCAGACCUAAUCAAGCCAGCCAACGGGCAGAAUCCACGGAAACCCCCAAAAAUUAUCCCUUCAGUGUGUUGAGACUUUCUGUACGGUACAUAGAAUUGUCUUAGAAGGGGCACACCCUUUCGGAGCGGGCACUCAGACAGUCUCUCCUUGAUAGUGG